UUUUAACUUAGAAAGCGUAAAUAUUUUAGAACAAAUGGCAGAACAACUAAUAAGUGAAUUAGAAAAGGCUGCACAAGUAAUUUUGGCACCACCAAAUUUAGUUUCACCAGAGCAACGUCGUUCUGCAGAGGAAGUUUUUUUAAAUUUUCGAAAAAUUAAACUACCUUAUGAGCUUUGUAGACACAUUUUGGAGACCAAUACAAAUGAUUAUAUUCUUUUUGAGGCUGCUGGUUUAAUAAAAGUAGCAUUAAUACGGGAAUGGCCUUCAUUGCCAGAAACAGAUAUUUCUGCAUUAAGAGAAUACUUAUUACAUUAUGUUAUAAACAAACCAAAUCUGACUCCAUAUGUCAAAGGCUGUAUAAUGCAACUUAUUGCAAUUAUAAUAAAAAGAGGUAGUGUGCACGAUUCUGGACAAGCACGACAACGUAUAUUAGGAGAAGUUGAAAAUUCAAUAAUGACUGGUGAUUUGCCUAAAAAACUUCUGGGAUGCAAUCUUAUUUCUGCUAUAAUGCAAGAAUAUGGAAUCAAUGUGAAAUCUUCAGAUAUAGGUUUAUCAUGGGAAAAACAUACAGAACAAAAAUUAAUAUUUCAAGGUGCUGAUUUGAAAAGAAUUUUUAAGUUUUGUAUUGGGAUACUUGAUGAAUUGAUUAAAAAAGAUUUGGACGUAGAUUCCAUCAUUUUUCUGAAACAAUUACUCCCAAUUGUAGAAAAUGUACUUACAUGGACAUGGAAAUUUGCUAGUCCAUGGGAUAUGGAUAUCCUUUUUCGAAAACGUGAUGCAGAACAUUAUGAGCCUUUAAAUCCAAUUAAAUAUUGGCAAGAUGUAAUGCUAGAUCCAGCUGUACUGGAUUUAAUAUUUACAUUGUAUUGGAAAAUACGAGAGAAUCCACAAUUAGCACAUCAUGCAAGAACUUGUUUAAUUCAAAUGGCAACAUUGCAUGGUGUAGUAAUGUCAACUAAAGAAAUCGAAGUGCAAUAUCUCACUAACUACCUCGAAAGAUUUUUAAAAUUUGUUACAAGUAUUAACAUUAUUGAUGAAGAAGCAAGUGGAAUUGCUAGUAUUAUAAAAAAUAUUUUUAAACAUUUUAAAAAGGAUAUUCCUUUUUUAUCUGAAAAUAUAUUAAAAUCUUUUUUGGAGCAAUCGUCGAGAUUAACUUGUAUGUUUUUAGAAAACGCAGUACAAGAAGAAUCAUUAACUGUCGGUGAAUAUUUAUAUACAGAAGCUGUAGAAUAUUUGUUUGAUGCAUGGAUGUAUGUCCUAUUUUACAAAAUUCCAAAAAUUACUUCUGAAUUUUAUGAACAAAUUUUUGGCCAAAUGUUUAACGUAUAUCUACUAUGUCAUUUAUCGCCUCCCGAAGGUAUAAGAAAUAUGGAAGAUAAAAGUCUUGAAAAAGAAGAAUCAGACAAUGAAGAGACUGAUAAGGUCAAAUUUAAUCAUCAUUUGGAAGUAAUUGGAAUGAUUGGCAGAGAGGUACCAAAUUAUUCUCUUCCACUGUUGGCACAGUUGAUAGAAGAUCGCAUUUCUAAAUUACGCGAAAACCUAAAUAAAUUAGUAGGGCAGACUAAACAAUUAUAUACAAUGAAGGAUAAUUUUAUGCGUAGAUUGUAUGAAGAUUUGCAUUGGCUAGUGCUUGUAAUAGGUAAUAUACUUUGCGUAAUGUGUAAUGGUGAAAUUGCCUUAAUACCAUCUGAAAUAAUGACAUAUGAUAUGGAACAGGUGCGGCAAGGAAAGGUCGAUAUGGAUCUUACGUUACAAUUUUUAGCAUCCUCAGAAAAUGUCUCCUCAGAUAUCAUGGUUACCGAAUCAAUAGAUCAUGCUAUUCGUUUAAUCGCAAAUGUUUUUCGUCUGUGUGCUAUAGAAAAAGCUGCAAUAUCCGUUCAUCUAGAUAGUAUACUAAGUCCUGAAUUAAGUUGUACUAUAAUUUGGUUUUUGCACAAGUGGUCUUUGCAGUACCUUAUUCCUGUGGAAGGUCGUUAUGCUGAAAUAUCUUACAUGUUUUUAUCAGCUUUUGGUGAGCAUACCUGUGGUGCAUCAUGGGCUAUGAAUUUUCUUUUAGAAAAAAUAGAACACAAUAUUAAUGCUUUUAAGAGUGAGCCGGCAUUGAUGGACGAAACUAUACAGUUAUUGACAUCACUUGCUGACACCAAGAGAUCCAUUUAUGUAAUGAAGUCUGAACGAUUUGGAAAUAUUAUAAAUUUAGCUACAAAAGGACAAUAUGACUUUCCACAGGUAGUUAAAAGAGGAUUAAUGAAAGCUUUGGUUCAAGUUGCAAUGAAUUGUCCAUCCAAGACAAAUCAAUCUUACUGGACACAAAUUUUACAACCGUUGCUUGAUAGAUGCAAACGAGUUACCUCUGAUGAAAAAUUUUUACAAUCUUAUCAUCAAGAAGAAAUUAAAGUUCAAGUUAUAGAUAAUUUAGAACGUUUAAUAGGAGCUAUACAAGGUGCCCAAGGUUGGGGAGCCUCAACACUUUUUCAGCAUAUUCUGCCGGUAUUACGUGAACUGCCAAAUUUAUUAUCUUUGUACCAUAAUUAUCAGGAAAUAGUACAAUUAAUUUUGGAAUUACUUUUUGAAUGUACAAAAGGACCAGAAUCAGUUCUAUCUUUUUUAACUCAGACCGAAGCUGUACACAUCUAUGAUAUAUGUUUAAGUGCAAUACAAAUUUAUGCGCGUUGUAAUACUAAUCGGGUAACCAUAGAUUCAACGGCAGAAGAGGAUAGCUAUCAGGAUAUUCUGUUACUAAUGAAGCUAUUAACCCAUCUUUUACGUGAGGAUUUAUGGCAAGAUGCGACAGCAUCAGUUACCUCAGCAAAUGUGUUUAUGCAUGGUUUGAAGAUAAUUAUGCCUAUGAUAACUACAGAUUUGAUAAAAUUUCCAACAUUGUGUUCGCAUUAUUUUGAAAUGAUACAAAUUUUCUGCAAAGAAUAUCCCCAAGAAGUAUUCAGUAUGUCUCCUGAAACAUUACAACCGCUUUUAGCAUCAGUAGAAUUAGGUUUAUUCUCGUUUGGACAUGAUGUGUCUACAACCUGUUGCAACAUAAUUCACACUUUAACAAAACGGGUCUAUCAAGAUGUUCAAGAGGGGACUCCACCAAAUCAAAUAAUGACACCGUUUUUAAAUUUAUUAAUCACUGUUAUUUUAACACAUCAAAUUGACUGGAACUUUGUAGUAGAUGCACGUAGACCACUUCAUUGCUUGAUAUGUUGUUAUCAAGACGAGUAUAGGCGAAUUGUACAAAACAUUUUAUCUUCCCAAACGGAUCAACAAGUUGUACAAAGAUUAGCUAAUGCCCUUACAACGUUAAAUCAAAAAGACGAAACGGAGUUCACACAGUGUUAUGAGGAAUUCGUUUCCAAUGUAAAGGGAUUUUUAAUGGUUAAAUAA